AUGGGCGUACAACUCCCCGACCUGCAGUUCACAUCGCUCGAGACGAUCCCCGAGCGCGUCUCUACCGCCCGCAAGGCCUUCCUGGAGCACAAGACGCGCGAUGUCGAGUUCCGUCUCGUGCAGCUGCGCAAACUCUACUGGGCGAUCAAGGACCACGAGGAGGAGAUCGUCGAGGCCUGCGCCCAAGACCUGAACAAGCCGCGCUUCGAGACCGAGGUUGCGGAGAGCGGAUGGCUGCUCAACGAUGUUGUCUUCACCACCCGCAAUCUGCACAAAUGGGUCAAGGACGAGAAGGCCCCCGAUAUCGACCUGUCCUUCAAGUUCAUGAACCCUAAGAUCAGAAAGGACCCGCUCGGUUGCGUGCUGGUCAUUGGUGCCUUCAACUUCCCCUUCCAAUUGACCCUGGGUCCCGUCAUUGGAGCCAUCGCCGCUGGAAACACCGUCGUCAUCAAGCCUAGCGAGAAUGCCCCCCGCAGCGCCGCCGUCAUGCAAAAGAUCUGCGAAGCUUCCCUCGACCCCGCCUGCUACCACAUCAUCCAGGGUGGUGUGCCCGAGACACAGGCACUUUUGGCCGAACGCUGGGACAAGAUAUUCUUCACUGGAGGCGCCAACGUCGGCCGCAUCAUCGCGAAGGCUGCCGCCCCGCACCUGACCCCCGUCGUCCUCGAGCUGGGUGGCAUCAACCCGGCCAUUGUCACCAAGAAUGCCGACCCACGCCUGGUUGCGCGCCGAAUGCUCUGGGGUAAGAUUAUGAACGCCGGACAGGUCUGCACUUCUCAAAACUACCUGCUGGUCGACAAGUCGCUGGUGUCCAAGGUGGUCGAGGAGUUCCAGAAGGCCUACAAGGAGUUCUACCCCAAGGGCGCCAAGGACUCGCCCGACUACUCGCGCAUUAUCAACGACAGCCACUUCCAGCGCCUCAAGUCAAUGCUGGAUAACUCCAAGGGCAAGAUCCUGAUGGGUGGCACCAUGGAUGAGAAGGAGCGCUUCAUUGAGCCUACUCUGGUUCAGGUGGACUCCGUCGACGACUCCCUGUGCUCCCAGGAGAGCUUCGGACCUUUCAUUCCUAUCCUCCCCGUUGAGAACCUGGAUGAGGCCAUCAACCUCGCCAACGGCGUUCAGAGCACCCCGCUGGGUCUUUACCCCUUUGGCAACAAGGCCGAUGUCGCUAAGAUUCUGGACUCCACCCGCUCCGGUGGUGUCUCCUGCAACGAUGCCGCCCUUCAUAUCCCAACCCUGCCCUUCGGUGGUGUCGGCGAGAGUGGUUACGGUGCCUACCGUGGCCGCUCCAGCUUCGACGUGUGGGUUCACCGUCGUCCCAUCACAUCCAGCCCCGGUUGGCUCGAGUCGAUCCUUGCUAUUCGCUACCCUCCCUAUGCCGGCAAGCUGAGCAAGUUCAAGGCUGCCAGCACUCUGGUCCCCGACUUUGACCGUACCGGCAAGAAGGUGACCCUGGGCUGGUUGCGCUUUAUCUUCACGCUCGGUGGAGGAAGUGCCAAGGCUGGCGCCGGCCGCGCGGCGGUUGUUGCUGCUCGUGAGUGA